GAUUUUUAUUGGAAGCAAUUGAAGUGGUUGCUAUGAGACCCGCUCCAGCAGAGGACCAGCAGGCAGCCCGACACUGAUGGUUCUUGUCACGCAGUAAAGCUUUCCUUUGACACAGUUUUAGAGUUGUUUACUAUCUGAGCUAGCACCUGACACGGGUGACUUUUUCUUCCUUUUUUCUCCUCGGGUCCCCCGGGUAAGAUGGAAAUAGAAAACGAAGCCCACUGCUGCCCUGGCAGCUCGUCAGGCGGGUCCAGAGAGUACAAGGUGGUAAUGCUGGGCGCAGGGGGCGUUGGUAAAAGCGCAGUGACAAUGCAGUUUAUAAGCCACCAGUUCCCAGAUUAUCAUGACCCCACAAUUGAUGCUUACAAAACCCAGGUGCGGAUUGACAAUGAGCCUGCUUAUUUAGACAUCUUGGACACUGCCGGUCAGGCAGAGUUCACGGCCAUGCGGGAGCAGUACAUGCGUGGGGGCGAAGGCUUCAUCAUCUGCUAUUCUGUUACUGACCGCCAGUCAUUCCAGGAGGCUGCCAAGUUCAAGGAGCUUAUUUUCCAGGUCCGUCACACCUAUGAAAUUCCCCUGGUGCUGGUGGGUAACAAAAUUGACCUGGAGCAGUUCCGCCAGGUCUCUACAGAAGAAGGCAUGAAUCUUGCUCGAGAAUACAGCUGUGCCUUCUUUGAGACCUCUGCAGCCCUCCGAUUUGGUAUUGAUGAUGCUUUUCAAGGCUUAGUGAGAGAAAUUCGCAGGAAGGAAUCCAUGCUGUCCUCGACGGAAAAGAAAUUAAAGAGGAAGGACAGCCUGUGGAAGAAGAUAAAAGGCUCGCUGAAGAAGAAGAGAGAAAGCAUGACAUGAUACUUUGCUUCUGUGUCCUUCCCAUCUCUCUUUCUAGAUUUUAUCAACCAGACAGUUGCUCCUCUCCUUCCCUUCCCCCCUCCUCUCAAUAGCUACCUGCAGGCAAAAAUUAGCCUUCUAUAACUGUGGGUCUUGAGAUAGUUUUAUUUUGCCUUUAACAGCUGGAUAGAUUUUUGUCAAUCAGCUGGAUAAUGCUAUUUAGAUUUUACAAUGUAUUACCAAAUAAAAUUAACAUUCCAAUUGCCUCAUUUUCUUGUAGAGAGUAGCUUCAUUUCGUAUGCUGUCUGGUUAUAAAGAAAAUAUGCAAACUUGUAGCUGGGGUGAUAAAAGGCUUAGGGGAUCUGCUGUUGCCUGAUAACUCUGGUUGUUUGAGUUUUACAAGUCUGUAAAUAAUGAAGAGGCUGGAACAGUUAAAAGCAAAAGAUUAAGUCCUGGUCUUCUCUUAAGUGGAAGAGUCUUGGUAUUUCUUCUUGAGUCCUCUAUAGAUGAGCAUUAGAGAAACUGCUGAUAAUAUAAACUGAUGGGUCAUUAAAGGAUGGAAAUCACAUGUCCCCAUAUUCACAGUGCUCAGCCUGCCAUACACUUUUAAAGAAUUAUCACAGUGAAUUUACUUUGAUUAAAGAAUGUGGUUUCUGUUGUGGGAAGGCAGCAACACUAUGAACUUGGUGAUACAUAUGUCCAAGAAAGGACCCUUCAACUCUAUCAGUGAAUUCCUCUUGGGAUUGCUACACCUGCAUAGUAGCCAUCUGUCUGCAGGGAUGUAGCCUCUGCAAACCGAAUGUUGUAUUCAUAUUAUUAAAUUCCCUGUCUCAUUUUCCAAGAAAUAGUUCAAGAAGCUGUCAUCAGAAGUAUUGCUGUUAUUUGUCUUACAAUGGUUCAUUGUGUAAAAUAAAAUCUCCCAUUCACCCAUUUUC